AUGUCUUCAAUUUUCACCUCCCCUCCUCGUAUCCCUCCACCACCUAUCCCAGGGAAAUCACCCGCCCGCAACGCGCUGCCAACCGCCUCACGUAACCCGACCACCGCAUUAACGCCCACCCCACCCAAACGCAAACCAUCUCUAGCAUCUCCAUCUCCACCUACGCCGCUUAUACCAUCUUUUAACGCCGCUACUUCUCGGCAGCCGACGACCCCGGUCCCGCCGCAGAGUCAAAGUCAGAUUCAGAACCAAAGUCAAUACGUAACGAUCUUCCAACGCCCAACGUGUGCCACGUCCUCCCCUGACUCGCCAACAUCCCGCGCGAUGAUGAAGAGAUUGUUGGCCAAGCCUGCUGCGCCUGCAUUGUAUAGCGGGAGUGAGAGUGAGGGAAGGAGUGUGGGUGUGAUGAAGAGGGCUGCUACCGUUGAUGGGAAGGGGAGUGUGAAGAGGAGUGAGGAUAGGGCUGAACGGAGGGUGAAUGAGGAGAAACGGCGUGCAGCCACUAUGACGAGCGAGCAGAGGAUUCGGAUGACUGGGAACGGGAGUGAUAACGACGGAAGGGGAACUAGCGGACGACGUAUUCAAGAAAUGCCGCUAAACGAAAGAAGGACUUUUGGAAAACCAGAGGAGAAACAACGUAAACUCCUACGUCGAAAACCAUCGUCAUCACGUGUUACCUCUCCAAGCAGCUCACCCAGUCGUGCUGUUGGAAGUUCCAAUACGAAUACGACGAUCAAGAGAAGCGCAUCAGCAGCAGCUUUGACGGUUUCUUCUACGCAUUCACGUGCGCCCUCUCCCAAACCACCGUCAAUUACGCCUGCUAGUGCACUUGUACAAGCGUAUCGUGCACAGGAACAGAGCGAACGUGGCCAUGUCGCCGAUCCUUCAUCCCCUUCUACCCCCUAUGCCUUUUCCUCUUCAGAUCCUAAACACCUCCACGACGACGAUCCCGCUACGCCAUACUACACCGUCUUUGGCUCCUCCUCUGACCGCGUCGUACCAGCCGACAGCUUUGAAGCUCGCGCGGCUGGGUGGAGUUCGGAGGGAUAUUUUCAAUUGGAGGGCGUUAAGCGCUCUGCGACUGUUAAAUCUACUUCUUCUGCUGGUGGGGGGCUGAAGACGCUUACGAGGAAGGUUUCUGGGCGCUGGAAGAAGGCGCAGCAGUACGCGGGGGAGGAAGAGAAGGAGAGGGGGAGGAUAAGGCCGCGCCCGAGUUUACAGAAUCCUGGUUUGAGGAAAAGUGAGACGAGGACGAGGACGAGGAGUUUGGAGGUUGAGGAGAUCGUGUUGGAUGGAGUGGUUAAGCACCCACCCCCAGUGAAGAAAGUGAACGACGAAGAGAGGGGAAGAAGACAUGCUCGACGGCCUAGUUCUGCCGAGAACCCACCCCCAGUGCCAAGCGAAGGGGGAGGAUCAGGGAACAAGCUAUGGAGGCUUAUGAAACGCAUUAGUACAGGUGGUCUGCGUGAUAAGUAUCGUGCGGAGCAGCAGGAGCCUCCUCCCUUACCCCUGCCCCUUCCAGGAUCAGCGUUCACUUCGCCUUCACCGCUGGUUUUGGAGGCGGGGAAAAAACGGGCAUUGGCGAGGUGGUUACCCUCCGCAUCGUCCUCUCGGUCCAGCUCGGUUGGUGGGGACUCUACGAGGUCAAGGGUUCCCACUGCUUCUGCUUUGAAGACUUCUGGAUCGCCUUCACAUCAACAACAAGCACAAGCACAAGCACAAGGAUCGGGAACCACGCGCUCCUCGUCCCCCGUUUCGUCGAGCGACAAAAGCGUGCAAUACCCCCAUUCGAGCACUUCUUCGUUUGGGGUUGUGGAUGUGCAACCUGAACAACCCGUUCCCCCCGUUCCGUCGCUUGUGAACACUUUACGGAAAAACUCGCGGAAGCAGCAGCAGCAACAAAGCGUCAAUGGGGUGGGGAAGUAUAUUGUUCAUCCAAGUCAGCUAUAUAAAGACAUCCCUCCUACGCCUCCUCCGUCUGCUAAGGGACAGUCAAAUCACUUGUCGUUCCGCCAACUCGCCAGGCCAAGGACGGCAGAUUCGGAAGAUUGGAUGAUUGUGCAGAGUCCUAGUGUCGAGUUGCCUUCGUUGCCCUUUCCACCGCGACGUGGGACGACGACGUUGGUUGUUUCUUCUCCGAAUAAAGUGGUUUCUUCAGCUCCUGCUCAACGCGACUCAUCUGCCCCUGCCCUUGCUCGAGACGAUACGGAGAGGACAAGUGGGAAUGGAGGUGGCGGGAGAGAGUCCCCGCUCUUACCUGAAUUUUCGAUAUCAGGGGCGAUUAAUACGUUUAGGCCUAGGAAGAGUGGGGAUAGGGUUGCUUUGAAGCCGCCUCCGCUCUUCGUUCCUCAAGCAGGUUCGUCUACGUCGCCUGGACGUUCGCCAAGUUCACCCAUGCGCUCAGCGAGUUCGCCUACACCGCGCUCGCCUACGUCACCUAAAUCCCCAUCUCAUCAUACGCGGAAAUCGGAAUCCCAUAGUAAUGCCCAGAGGAGGUCCGAGGGCGGGUUGAGUAUACUUACUAUUCGACCUGGGAGGAGGAGGUCUAGUUCGUAUGAUCUUUCGACGACGGAGCCUUUCAAGUCGGAGGGUAGUAAGGCGGAUCGUAUGGGCUCGUUGAACCCCUCACCUGCUACCGCUACCACGUCUCCUAUUUCAUCCAAGAAGUCCCCCGCCUCCAAGACCAAAUCCCCGACGACUCGCGCUUCUACCACCAGCCGCCCUCCAUCCUUGUACACUCCAUCCCGACAUCACACACUCACGGAACAAGAAAAAGCGCAGAGGUGGGACGAUCUGCUGGAGAAGAGUGCGAGAGCUGGAGGGACGCUGCAUUUAGCGGGAGAUUGGGAUGUGAGGCUUCAGAGUGAUUUGUUGAGGUAUUCGAGUACGCCUUCGGAGGUGGAGAUGGCUGGUGUUGGGGUGUUGGGAUGAUGAUGAGAGAAGAGGGGAGGGUGUAUAUACGGUAUCAAGCUAGAAACUAAUUUAUUCUCUUAAUACGCC